AUGCAAGUUGUAAAUGAGCUGGAAAACAUGGAGUUUUACGCGUCAACUACGGAUCUGUGGUCAAGUAGAACGACCGAGCCAUACAUGAGUUUGAUGGUGCAUUUCGUGAACGCAAACUUUGAGUUGAGAAGCCGCUGCCUGCAGACAGCAUACUUCCCCACUGACCAUACGGGGGAGAACAUUGCAAUUGGGCUUAAGGAGUGCUUGGCAAACUGGGGCCUAAAGGAAGAGGCCCAGACCUGCAUCACAACAGACAACGCCACGAUCAUGGUCAAAGCGAUGGAGCUCAAUCAGUGGACCAGACUGCAGUUCUUCGGGCACCGGCUGCAUCUUGCAAUUGCCGUGUGCUUGGGGGCUGGUCCGGGAUACCCGGCGGAUGGGGGGAGGAAGCCAGUAGGUGACGGAGCGACCGAACCCAACCUGGGGACGCUGGCCACGGCAGGCGGGGGGAAGCAUACAGUCACCGGGUCGGGUUCGGUUGCUCUGUUCCCGGCGGGCUCCAAACCCGGACUAGCCCCGGAGUUGAUGGCUUGGUUCUCGGGUCACCCUGGUUCAAGGAGACAGGAGCAGAGAUACGAAAGUUUUUUUGUUUCCAUCUUUAUUGUAGCAGCAAACAAGGUGCUGAUUGUUUAUGCUCACCAGAGUUCUGGAUCAUUCAACGCUGCUGUCAAAGACGCUGCUGUGGAGGUUCUGUCUGCUCAUGGCUGCACAGUGGAAGUCUCUGACCUGUAUGCCAUGAGCUUCAAAGCCACUGCUACAGCGCAGGACAUCAAGGGAGAAGUAAAGAAUGCUGAGAACUUCAGUUACUUGGAGGAGGCUAAACUUGCAUGGGAGCAGGGCAAACUGUCAGAUGACAUCACCAGGGAGCAGUCUAAAGUCACAGAGGCAGACCUCAUCAUUUUUCAGUUCCCCAUGUACUGGUUCAGUGUUCCUGCCAUCCUGAAGGGCUGGAUCGAUCGGGUUCUCACCAAUGGCUUUGCCUUUUCACAACAGAAGCGGUACAGCCAGGGAGUCUUUAAGGACAAGAAGGCCAUGUUGUCCUUCACCACUGGGUCUCUGGAGUCCAUGUUCAGCCCAACUGGUAUUAAUGGCGACAUGAAUGUUACACUGUGGCCUCUGCAGAAUGGCAUCCUGCACUACUGUGGCUUCCAGGUUCUGGCACCUCAGAUCUUCUGGGCUCCCUCCUCUGCUGAAGUUGAAGCACGUAAAGCCAUGCUGGAGGGCUGGCGCACUCGACUGAAAGGUCUGCUAGAGGAAAAGCCUCUGUCCUUCAUCCCAUUGGACUGCUUUGAGGAGACUGGUUUCCAGUUGAAGCCUGCCAUCCAUAAGGAACAUGCCAGCAAAGAGUUUGGGUUGACGGUUGGGAUCCAUCUAAACAAGCCACUGCCCCCUCAUAGCCAGAUGAAGGCUGGGUGCUGAAAUGUCUCUUAUGAUCAAUAAAGGCUGCUUUGUUCUGAA